GAGAAAUUUCAUUUUUAUUUUAUGAAGGAAAACAAAAUUUAUUUGUUUUAAUAUUUAGUUACUCCUUCGAUAUAAUGAACUUGAUCGAACAUUAGAUGAAUUAAGUACUAUUAUAAAAUCAAUUCGUUCACAUCAACAACAAUCAACUGAUGAUUUUGAUCAAUUUCUUUCAAUCGAAACAGAUAUUGAAAAGCAUAGUACAGUAAUUAGUAAUCUUCUUGCAUUUGACCAUAAUUUAUUAAAUGAAACUGAUAUUUCUCAACGAAAUAUUCAUUCAUUAUCACGUACAGUUCAAACAUUAGAACAACAUGAUUUUGAAAUACUUUUAAAAUCAACAAUUGAUUUAGCCAAUAAAUUUAAUGAUAAUUCAAUAAAAGAUAAAUUUCAAUAUUUAUUAACUAAAAUUGAUAAUAAUGAAAUAAAUCAAAAUAUAAAUCGAACAAAACUUCAUUGUUUUAUUCGUAUUUAUGAUUAUAAUGAUUAA